AAUUUGGGAAUAUUUCAGCACAGGAUGGAGGCUGUGUUGUGAUAACCACCAGAAAACCCUUGGGCAGCUGGGAAGUGAAGAACUGCACGUUUUUUAAAGCUGGAACCAUUUGUAAGAAAGACCUCAGCCCGCCUCCACCUCCAGAACCGGAACCAAACCCAAACGCAACCUGCUCUGAUGGAUGGGUGUCCAGACAAGGCAUCAGAUACUGCUACAAGGUGUUUCAUGAGGAAAGAGUCAGCCGGAAGCGUUCUUGGGAAGAAGCCAGGAGGUUCUGUCAGGCUCUGGGAGCCGAUCUACCGAGCUUCACUAAUGUGACAGAGAUGGUGGCUCUGCACAACAUCAUAAGAGAAACUAUCAGCAAUAAUCGGUACUUCUGGGUAGGCCUGAACAGGAGAAAUCCAGAUGGUUUCUCCUGGGAGUGGAGUGACGGUCGACCUGUUUCCGUGGAUGUUUUACAUCAAGAUUUCAUUGAGGAUGAUGUUUACAGUCGGGAUUGCACAGCAUUCAAGACCAUGAGGAAUAGCUUGACUCACCUGCUGAUGUACGUGCUUCAUGACGUCGUGGUCGCACCUUUCUAUGCCAGACCGUUCCACUGCGACGCUCAGCUGGAGUGGGUCUGCCAAAUACCCCGCGGAAUCGACCCAAAAAAACCUGAAUGGUACAAUCCAGAUCCCCACCACGAGACGUCCAUCUUCGUCGACGGAUCAGAGUUUUGGUUUGUAAAGGAACCAAAGUUGGCUUUUGAGGAAGCCAUGCUCUAUUGCAAUCAAAGUGGCAGUAAACUGGCAGUUCCUCUGAGCUCGAGCGCUGCUACGAAGAUUCAGGCGCAGCUUCAGCAGUUGACGGGGACCCAACAAAACUGGUGGAUCGACAUGAGGCAGAGUGUGCGAGGCUUCGCUCCGUCCUACGCCCAAAAGUACUUCUAUCGCUCCUUCCUCUUGGGUCAGUGCACCGCCAUCAGUACGGACGGUCCACUUUCACAGUUUAGUUGCCAGCAGAAAUUCCCCUUUGUCUGUGAAAGACGCAACAUCACAUUAGUGGAGAAAAACCCUCUGCUGCCUCAGCCUGGAGGAACAUCCUGUAAAGCCAACGCCUUGUCCUUCAGAAAUAAGUGCUACACACUGAUGAAAUUUGACGUCGCAAUGCCGUUCAAAACUGCCAGUGAGGAAUGCCAGUCUCUAGGGGAAACCUUGGUCACAAUAACCGAUCAGGUGGAACAAGACUUCAUCAACACCCUCCUGCCAAAGAUGAGAAACAUGGCCAAAAUAUGGAUCGGCCUGAAAAUCCGUCCGGGUGAGAGCUCGUGGGUGGACCAAUCUCCGAUCACCUACUUGAACUUUAACCCCCUGCUGCUGGGAAUGCAGAGGGGCAUAGACUCCAUGAGUUUGGACAUGUGCGUGUUCCUGAUCAAUAACGGCAGCUCUGAAACGCUGGGCACCUGGGAUUAUUCUUCCUGCAGUCUGCCACAGAAUCUGGGAAUCUGCCAACAUUACGCCGAUAAAGUGGAGCACGUUGUCUCUGAGAAGCCUUUCAAAGUGAACGGCCAGACCUUCCAGUUGAUUUUCCAAAACCUCACUUGGUUCAACGCUCUGGAGAAAUGCAAGAACAUUGGAAUGGUUCUGGCGAGCGUGUCCGAUGUCUUAGUGCAGUCCUCCCUCAGUGUCAACGUCAGCAAUGCCCAAACCCCCAUGUGGAUCGGCCUUCAUAGCAAAGAUAAUGGAAUGAACUUCGUCUGGGCUGACCACAGUCACACGGUGUACAGUCGCUGGUCUUCCGAGGCCAGCGAAGGCUUCUGUGUUUACUUGGACACCGACGGCUUCUGGAAAGCCACAGAGUGUAUGGAGGAACUCGGUGGGGCCAUCUGCUACAAACCAAACGAUCCCAGCAUCACUCCCAGCCAGGGCUCUGUGAAGUGUCCUCACGCCAUGAAUGGACCAAACUGGAUCCCCUGGGGGAAGAACUGCUACACCUUCCAGCUGGUGCCUUCACGAUGGGACUCAUUUCAGAGUGACCCAAUCAACAACACCUGCACCAAACUCCAUCCAGACGCCGACAUCCUGACCAUUCGGAACGAAGAGGAGAACGAGUUUGUUCGGAGAACGCUCCAAAACUUCCAGUCCUUGGUUCAGUUUGUCUGGCUGGGAAUGUUCAAAGAUGACGUUGAUAACCAGACGCGGUGGUACGAUGGCACCGUUGUCCAGUAUUCCAAGUGGGAAGGAGGCAGACCAUUCUUGGAUUCCUCCUUCAUGGCCGGUAUCACCACCGACGGCACCUGGAUCCUCAUCACAAGCGAGAAUAUGUAUGCAGAGUUCAAGCAGAAGACGAUUGUGAGCUGCAAGCUGGAUAACGAAGUCAAACAGGAGUACAACCGAUCGCCUAAAGACUUCCAACACUACGGCAGUUUGACCUACAAGGUUUUAACCAAAAAGCUAGACUGGUACCAGGCCGUGCAGGAGUGUAGCGAGCUUGGCGGCCACCUGGCGAGUAUCCACGACUUCAAGCACAACUCUCACGUUAAGCUUCUGGCUAAAACGGAUGGCUUCAACCUGUGGAUUGGCCUUUCUAAAGUCAGUAGCGUGGGCUACGAGUGGUCUGAUGGGACGAAGUUCGGCUACUCUCACAACGGCUUUAAUGCACACGGAGGCUCCAGCUCGGGCCAGCUGGAGGCCAGCUGUGUCUUCAUCACCCCGAACGGAACCUGGAUGAACACCAGCUGCAACACUAUGAUGGACGGCGCCAUCUGCUACACCACCGCCGUCACCACCCCCACACAAAGAGCUAAACUGAAAGCUGCUGCAGAAAGCAACCACUGUCCUCAAAGCAAAGGAGACUCCAAGUGGGUCCAGCAUCAGAGCCACUGUUACGCAGUUGACAUGCAGUGGUACAACUACUCAAUCUACAGCAUGGAGGAUGCCAAGGCCAUCUGCAAGAAGAUGGAUGCUGAGCUGCUGACCAUCAAAUCCAAAGAAGAGAAUGACUUUCUGGAAAAGAGUCUCAGUGAUGACCCUCUCAUCACCACACAUGUAUGGCUCGGCGUGCAACUUGAUUCCCAAGGUAGACACCAUCAUUCAAAAAUAUUUUUUUCAAACAUUUUGUGUAUUUUCAUCCUUACUUAUACGGAUAAACAUGUUCAUUCACAGGAUGACACUGAUUAUACUAGUCUUAUAUGUUUUUUUUCUAAUAAAUACAUGUUUCUCAAAAGGUCUUAUUUUGCCAGGGCACUGUUGAAAAAUUAAAAUAUUCUUAAUAUU